AAAAUGGCGGUUCGGUGUUAGUUUAUCGUUUUGUUUAGUAUCGUUUACAUUUGUUUACUUCAUUUAUUCUUUGCUGUCAAUGUUUGAUUUGUCGGCGAGCUUGAAAUGAUAACUCCUAUAAACUCCUUUCAGUAAAUUAUUAUCAAAGUAAACCUGAUAACACAAACAAAAAGAUGCAUAGACGAGGUGGUAAGCGUAUUCGGAUGGAUGAACCUCCUCCAGAGUACGAAAACCCCAUGACUCCACAAGUGGAACAUGAAAAUUAUGGAAACAAUUAUAUGCAACAGAGUAUGUAUGGAGAAUCUUAUGGCGAGCAAGCGGGUCAAUCAUCUGACGGUGCAUUUGAAUCACCACCAACUCCUGGAACAAGACGAGUUACUAGGUCUAAAGCUAGAGGUGUGACAAAUCCACCUCCUAUAGUGGCUCCUUCUUAUUCACCUACAAGUAGUGGCAACACGGGAAGGGGUCGAGGAAGAGGCAGACCGCCUGGGAGGAAAAACAAUGUCGGUGAAGUCAUACACACGCUUGAUGAUGAGUCUUCUCUCUAUCAUAUCAUCAAGAAUAGUAAAGUGUCUUUGACGAAUAUUGUAGAUGACUGGAUCGAAAGUUAUAAGAUAAACCGAGAAGCUGCUCUUAUAUCCCUGAUGCAAUUUUUUAUCAACGCUGCUGGUUGCAAAGGGAGAAUCACACAACAGAUGCAAGCUACAAUGGAACACGCAGCUAUCAUUCGAAAGAUGACUGAAGAGUUUGACGAGGAAAGCGGUGAAUAUCCACUUAUAAUGGCCGGUCAGACCUGGAAGAAAUUUCGGCAGAAUUUUUGUGAUUUUGUUCAAACUUUGGUUAAGCAGUGCCAGUAUACCAUUAUCUAUGAUCAGUUUUUGAUGGAUAACGUUAUAUCGCUUCUUACUGGCCUCUCCGAUUCUCAAGUCAGAGCUUUCAGACACACUGCCACGUUAGGAGCGAUGAAACUGAUGACGGCUCUGGUGGAUGUAGCACUAACGGUUUCAGUUAAUCUUGACAAUACUCAGCGGCAGUACGAAGCCGAGAGGCAGAAAACUAGAGAAAAACGAGCUAGUGAUCGUUUAGAAGCGCUACUUGGGAAAAGACAAGAAUUGGAGGAAAACAUGGACGAAAUCAAGAACAUGCUAACCUACAUGUUCAAAUCGGUGUUUGUUCAUAGAUAUCGAGACACAUUACCAGAAAUACGAGCCAUCGCUAUGACCGAAAUCGGGGUGUGGAUGCACAAAUUUCAUGCGAAUUUCCUCGAUGAUUCGUAUCUGAAAUAUAUAGGUUGGACUCUUCACGAUAAGGUGGGAGAAGUAAGGCUGAGGUGUUUACAAGCCUUGCAACCGCUUUAUGCUAGUGAAGAGCUAAAAGGCAAAUUGGAACUGUUUACCAACAAGUUCAAAGAUAGAAUUGUGGCGAUGACGCUGGAUAAGGAGUACGACGUAGCGGUGCAAGCCGUCAGGCUUGUUAUAUCUAUUUUGAAACAUCACCACGAGAUACUUACCGAUAAGGACUGUGAACAUGUUUACGAAUUGGUUUAUUCGUCGCACAGGGCCGUCGCCCAGGCCGCGGGCGAGUUCCUUAACGAGAGGUUGUUCCAGCCCGGCGAUAUGGACGCGGGUAAAACUAAGAGGGGCAAGCGACGUUUGCCCAACACGCCCUUCAUUCGGGACCUGGUGCAGUUCUUCAUCGAAUCGGAGCUGCACGAGCACGCCGCCUACUUGGUGGACUCCCUCAUAGAGUCCAACAACAUGAUGAAGGAUUGGGAGUGCAUGACAGAUCUGCUGCUGGAGGAACCGGGGCCUCACGAAGAGCCUUUGGACAACAGGCAGGAAACGAGUUUGAUCGAGAUCAUGGUGUGCUGCGUGAAACAGGCAGCCACCGGAGAGGCGCCCGUCGGUAGAGGACCCACCAGAAAGGUGUCGUCUCUCAGGGAGAUGAAGCAGGCCGGCGAAGACAAACAGAAGCUAACCGAACACUUCAUAGUCACCCUGCCUCCCCUCUUAGAUAAAUAUUCAGCCGAUCCCGAGAAACUGGCCAACCUCCUCAGCAUACCGCAGUACUUCGAUUUAGACCUUUACACCAGCGGUAGGCAGGACGGAUCGUUGCAGGCCCUGCUGGUUAAAUUGAAGUAUAUCGUACAGGUCCAUCACGAGCCUGAGGUAUUGGAAACUUUGGCGAAGACCCUGGAGAUCCUCUGUACGGAAGGCCAUUCGAUCUAUACGAGGUGCGACGUGGCCAGGUCGACGAUAGUCGACAUGAUCGUGGCCAGCUACAAGGAGGCUAUCGACGACUGGCGUAAUCUUCUGCUGGGGGAGGAGACGCCCAAUGCCGACGAGAUAUUCAACGUUGUCAGUUCGUUGAAGAAGGUGUCUAUGUUCUACGCCUGCCACAAUUUGAACCAGUGGAACCUGUGGGACACCCUGUUUCAGGAUUUUAGAGAUAUCGAGAGCGGACUGCCGCCAGAAGCCCUGAAAUACUGCAUCAGCUCCUGCUACUAUCACCUGCUGUGGGGCCUUAGGGACCUGGAGGUGCAGGCCGAGGGGGGCAGUCUCACACAUUCCAGCUUCCAGAAUCUCAGGGACAAGCUGGACGACUUCUUGGAGGCUUCUCAGAUCCUGAUCCGCUCUUCUCCGCACGUCGUCAUAAAGGAGGAGGCUUACGUGGGACUGUGCGACCUACUGAUAGUGUUCAGCGAGCAGCUGCAGAACCAGUCGUCUAUGGGGGAGUUGGUCUGCAGGCCGGACAGAAACCUGCAGAUGCUACUAAACGAGUUCGUGCAGAUGUACGUGUUCGUACCUCAGCAGGACUCCGAACACGACGAACACCGCAUCGAGGAGUUACACAGGAGACGCAACUUCCUAGCAGCUUACUGCAAGCUGAUCGUUUAUAACAUAAUGCCUACGAAGGCGGCGGCCGACGUCUUCAAGCACUACGUCAAGUACUACAAUGACUACGGGGACAUUAUCAAGGCGACCCUCAGUAAGGCGAGGGAGAUUAACAAGGUCAACUGCGCCCUCACCAUGUGUCUCAGUCUCAAUAUGAUGUUCAACGAGGUGCAGAGGCUGUCGGGGGGCAGGAACGCCAGGCAGCACGAGGAAUUCUUUGCACUGAAGGAACUUGCGAAGAGAUUCGCCCUCUCCUUUGGCCUAGACGCAGUGAAGAACCGAGAGGCAAUAACGGCUCUGCACAGGGCCGGUAUCCUCUUCGCCGUGACGGGGGUGGAGAAUAGCUCGGACGAUCCCACGGGGCCCCCCGCGAACCUCCCCUUCCUGGAAAUCCUCUCGGAAUUUACGAACAAGCUGCUCAAGCAAGAUAAGCGGGUGGUCAUGUCGUUCCUUGACAGGAGGAUCACUACGGGUAUGCCAAGCAGUCGAGGCGAGGACUGGCAGCCCCUGUUAUUGUACCGUAAUUCCUUGUUGCACGGCGAGACGGAUCAGCUGCCUACGACCAGCAAACGGGCUUACGGCAGGAAGAGGCACAAGGAUCCCGACUCCGAUCAUGAUCAGAACGACGAUUUGUCUGAUCAGGAGUUCCCUGGAAAUCUGUAUGGUUAAUUUUUUUAUAUUUCUUAAUUUUAGCGUUUUUUUUUUUUUUAUAUUUCGGGUAUGUCAGAAUGCAUGAAGCCAGUUUGUAUUAAUAGAUAGGGUUUAUACAAGGUGGUUCGAUUUUUUAUGAAACUGGGUGCAGAUAAAUUAUAUGAAAAUAAUAUUUAUAAAUUUGUUAUACAUGGUGAUCCCAAAUAAAGUACCAAAGUUUUAAGGGGUUAUUUUAUUCACAGAUAUAGCAGUAGUUCCUACGACACUUUUUUUUAAUUAAAAAAUAAAAAUUAAUGUAGUUACAAGUUAAAUAACUUUAAACUAAUUUUUUACUGAUAUUUUGCCAUAACAAUCUGUGGAAAUCAUCAAAACUUUAUAAAGUCGAUGUUGGUCAAAAUUGUUUGGUUUGUUGAAAUCAGGAACUGUUUUGCAGAAAAAGACUAAAUUUUCCCUCAAAUGCUGGUGAAUUAUUAUUUUUAAAUUUCACAAUUUAGCAAAUUUCGUUGCAAUUGUAUGGAACAUAAUUUUCUAUGUCCAAAUCCCGCUUUUUUGUACUGCAAAAUAGUUUGUCGUUUUCAAAGAUGCUCCGAAAUUUUAAAUUAUUUUUUUUUUCCUAGGAUACCGUUAACGUUAUAAACUUGGAAAAAGAAGACCUUUUCACAAAAUAUUUAUAACUAUAAUUUUUAAUAUUAAUCUAAUAUAACUUUUUGAAUAAAAAUAUAAUAAUAAAAUUCUAACCAAUUUUGUGAUCAAUAAGGUGCUUUUAAUGCAUUAGAAUCUUUUUUUUUUCAACAAUCAGACGCAAUUCGAUUCGAUUCGAAGCAAUGAAUUCUGAACCUUAUACAGUG